CAAAGCAAAACCCAAACCCUCUCUCUCUCUCUCUGCCCUUCAUAAACGGCCACGCCCUCAUCCCAUUUCAUUCUCCGCGAGUUCUGUCGGUCCACAAACGGACCUCCUCAAGCAACCCGAGCAAAUAGAUUUGAUCCGACUAUACCCGUUUGAUAUGUUAAGAGUUACUCUGCAGAGCGAGGGGGAAGAGAGAGGAUUAGAGACGGGCCACAACUGGAUCUCCUACGGGCUGCCACCGAUGGAGAUGCUUCUUCGCCCCUGCGGAUUCGAUCUGCAGGCCUCCUCCGAUAACGACUGCGCCGUCGCCUACAACUACCAGUACUUCCUCCCUCCGCCUCCCGCGCCUGCGUCUACGGAGCUGAAGCUGGAGGAUCUCCUCGGCGGGGACAGCGGCGCGCAUUGCUCUGAGACCCUGACCGUCGACGGCCAGGACACGUCGUCCGUCAGCACCGUCCUCAUCCAGGAUCUCCGCGCGGUCGACGACUCCUCGUCGGCGCCAUCUACGGGGCUGGAGAAUACGCUGGUGCCGCCGCCGCAGCCGCCGGCAGCUGGUCACAGGACGUCGGUGUACAGAGGAGUGACCAGGCACAGGUGGACCGGAAGGUAUGAGGCGCACUUGUGGGAUAACACGUGCAAGAGGGAGGGCCAGAAGCGCAAGGGGCGCCAAGUGUAUUUGGGUGGAUACGACAGAGAAGAAAAAGCAGCAAGGGCUUAUGAUCUUGCAGCUUUAAAGUAUUGGGGUCCUACUGCUACAACCAACUUCCCGGUAAGCUGUUAUAGUAGGGAGAUUGAGGAGAUGAAGUGCAUGACUAAGCAAGAGUUUAUUGCAUCAAUAAGAAGAAAAAGCAGUGGAUUCUCUAGGGGUGCUUCCAUCUACAGAGGGGUGACAAGGCAUCAUCAACAUGGUCGGUGGCAGGCAAGGAUAGGCCGUGUUGCAGGCAACAAGGAUCUUUACCUCGGAACAUUUGCAACCGAGGAAGAAGCAGCCGAAGCAUAUGACGUAGCGGCGAUCAAGUUUCGCGGUGCAAAUGCUGUUACCAACUUUGAGCUCAGCAGAUAUGAUGUGGAAGCUAUCGCAAACACCGAGCUACCGAUCGGAGCAUCAGCUAAACGAAUCAAACAGUCCCUCCAAUCUGACCAAGAUCAGCUCCCUCUUGACAAAUCGGACAAAGGACAGCAUCUCAACUUUGUGCCAGCAACUCUCUUCCACAACCUUAUGCAGUUUCAUGGUCCUUCUGGCUUCUCGCCUUGUCUGUCCUACUGCAGUUUCAUAGAGAAUGACUUCGAUGAAUGCGAUCAAAACAAUUAUCUCUUGGCGGCCAAAGAUCAACACAAAAACCAAUAUCACAAUCAGCAAGAUUUGGGGAGUGGCAUCCUCCAAUUGACACACCUUCCAUCUCAGUGAUUGUAGUCUUUGUGGAUGUGUGAUAUAUCUGACCUGCUAAGCUCACUGAUCUUUUUGACAUUGGACAAAAUCCAUGCUAUUUUGUGUAGAUCAAGUGAUAUUAUCAUGAAUGGAACAUGGAUCUACUUUUAACUGAA